UCAAACCCGAAACUGUUGCGCGCCUUCGAAGAACCAGAAAGCAGUCGCGCUGUAUUCACGAUUAUCAUUUCUUCCAUCUGGAUACACCUUCGGCUUCGUUAGGAACGGAGAGGCUCCUUUUCCUGUUUGAAAGAGUUUGUCGCGGUUUGCAGUGAUUUACUAACAGUUAGUGAUAGCUAAUAACAGAUUACGACAAGCCCAGUCGAGAGACGCAACCAAGAUUCUAUCGGCUCGGUUUCCGUACUUUACAAAAGCUUGCACUCGCCAUGCUCAUUCUCCCGUUGAAGCCAGCCGUCCGUUUUGAUCUACAAACCGCACUUUCAAAAUGGCUAGACUCGGAUCAAGAAGUCUCGUUUCAACCAUCCAAUCCGUUGCAAUUUGUGCUUCCCAAGCCAGAUUUGUCCGCCGCCGCCUGUCGCGAAGAUCUCUUGCGAUUGCAGUCACUACGCAACUGCGUUACUGAUGUGCUCUUGAAGCGCGAUUCCCACCGAGCGGCACUGGAAGACGAUGGGUUGGCGGAUUGUCACGAGUAUCACGCCACUUUGCUUGAGUUCGAAAAACGUGGGUUCCCCACGCUCGACGAUGAACACAACGGAUUGCGGCUUUUUUGGAAAGGCGCGUGGUCACCCGAGGAGGAACGACACGCAACAUUAACGUGGGAUCGUGCCGUGAUUGAGUUCAAUACUGCAGCGUUGCUAACGGGAAUGGCCGCCGAAUGCUCCGUCACCGAUCGAGCUGCUUGCAAAGAAGCUGUGAAUUACUGUCAAACGGCGGCGAGUAUUCUGGCCGUUCUGAAAGAACUCGUGCAGUCUAUGGACUUUGCCACGGUGGAUUUAAGUCAACCCAUGUUGGCGUUCUGGGAAAAGUAUCUCGUCGCCCAAGCACAAAUGUUCAUUUAUCGCAUGGCCGCUCAGGCCGGAGACGACACCAAGCAUUCGACAUUGUCGGUCUUGUCACAAUCUGCCUUUGCCCUGUUUAACGAAGCGUUGACGGCUGCACAAGACCCACGUUUGGAAUCCGAAGUACCUAAAGAGUCGUCUACAUGGGCCACGUACUGCAAAGUGUCUUCUAUGUUGAGUGUCGCUAAGGCCGAAUACCACCAGGCGGUGGUUCACCGACUAGCGAACGAAUGGGGCAAGGAGAUUGCCCGGUUGCGCGAUUGUCAUUUAAAAUUUGAAACGCUGUCAAAAUUCGUACGGGGCCUGGACGACGAUGGUCCAGUUUCUUAUAUGAGACGCGAGUGCUUGGCCAUUUUGCCAGUCGUUCACGAUCGGUUGCACGAAGCCGACAAGGACAAUUACAAUAUUUACCAGGAAAAAAUUCCUGAAGAAAUGCCCGAAAUCGCCGCCAAACAAUUGGCCAAGAGUAGCGGUGGACUUCCACAAUCAAUGUUGGUUCCCAAGAAGCAGGUCUUUGUAAAUGUAUAAUCGUCGAAGUUUUGCAAUGGCGGCCCCAGCUUCUUCCGCCUUUGACUGUACGACUCACAUAGAAUUCGCCUAACGUGAGAAAUUCUAAGGAUCCAAUGUAUACGUGUACAAAUGCUUUUCGGAUUUAUCUCCGCUUAUAUAAC